GAUGGUGAUAACGAGGGAUUUUUUUUAAUUUUCUUUAACUUAUGAACAAAGUAAUAAAAUUCGCGAACCCGACACUUGUGUACGUGCGUGGCGUGCUGUUAGCUUAGAGAUUGGCCACUUAUUGGUUGUCGAUAAGCAUCUUAAUGUUUUUUUCUUAGUUUCUGUUAUUUUCAUUGAAGAAUUUCAACGUCAAUCAACGCUGAGCCAAUCAGCUUGCUAGAUUUCCACCAUGAGGAAGACUGUAAGUCAACCAAUCACAAGGCACCAUUUUGAAGUGGGCGUAAAUCCUCGUAGCCGAAGGUAGCUAAUGCUAGAGGAAAAUCGUUCCAUAGAAGCUAAACAGAACGAAACCAACCAAUUUAAGGACAGUAAACGAGGACGCCACCAAACUGCAGGAGGCUCACCUGCAAUCCGCUCAAUGGCGACUGAUAUGCCUAUGGAUAUGAUGUCGCCCCCUGACCCUGUCCCAGCCCAACCCCCUCCUCCUGCAUUUGGCGCAGGUUUAGCUCAAGACCAUGUUCCUGUUCCUGUUCCGCAACCAGCAGGUGUUCAAACCCCAGAUACCACGAAGACCUCACAAGAGAAUGCUGGUUUAGAGCUUCCCCCUGCUCUAACUGCAGACCCAGAGAUACCUCCAGAACAUGCUUCUGUUUCUGAACCCUCCAUAGCCCCUUUGUUGGCACCCCCACAGCCUCCCCAGCCAGCAUUUACUGCCAAGAACCCCAGCUGUAAAAUCAUGACUUUCCGGCCCACGAUGGAGGAGUUUAAAGACUUUGCCAAAUAUAUCGUCUACAUGGAGAGUCAAGGAGCUCACCGUGCUGGCCUGGCAAAGGUGAUUCCUCCAGAAGGCUGGAAGCCAAGGAAGUGCUAUGACACCAUUGAAGACAUGGUGAUACCAGCCCCCAUCAUGCAGGUUGUGACUGGUCAGUCAGGCCUGUUCACUCAGUACAACAUUCAGAAGAAAUCCAUGACAGUUGGAGAAUUUCGCAAGCUGGCCAACAGCAAGAAGUAUUGCACGCCACGUCACAAAGACUUUGAUGACCUGGAGAGGAAGUACUGGAAGAACCUGACGUUUGUGUCGCCCAUCUAUGGUGCUGAUGUUGGUGGAUCCAUAUAUGAUGAGGACAUCCAAGAGUGGAACAUCGGCCACCUCAACACUCUGCUGGACAUGGUAGAGCAGGAGUGUGGCAUUGUCAUUGAAGGGGUCAAUACUCCGUAUUUGUACUUUGGCAUGUGGAAAACCACCUUUGCAUGGCACACUGAGGACAUGGACCUCUACAGUAUCAACUAUCUGCACUUUGGACAACCAAAGUCCUGGUACACCAUCCCACCAGAGCACGGCAAAAGGCUGGAGAGGUUGGCACAAGGCUUUUUCCCCGGAAGUUCACAAGGCUGCGACGCCUUCCUGCGCCACAAGAUGACACUGAUCUCUCCAUCUAUCCUGAAGAAGUACAGCAUUCCUUUUGACCGGAUAACCCAGAAUGAAGGAGAGUUUAUGAUCACUUUUCCUUAUGGCUACCAUGCUGGCUUCAACCAUGGCUUCAACUGUGCAGAAUCCACCAACUUUGCCACUCUGCGCUGGGUGGACUACGGCAAAAACGCUACUCUGUGCUCCUGCCGUAAGGACAUGGUGAAGAUCUCCAUGGAUGUGUUUGUUCGCUGCCUGCAGCCGGAUCGCUAUGAGCUGUGGAAGCAGGGCAAAGACGCCACAGUGGUCGACCACUUGAAGCCCACAGAGCUGGACAGCCCUGAGCUGGAGCGCUGGAGGCAGCAUCGAGUGACUUUCCGCAUGAACCUCCUGCGCAGGGCCAUGCAAAAGAUGAAAAUGUUCCGCCGUCUGAAGCUGGAGGAGGUGAAGGUCCUGGCGGAGGAGGGAAUCGCUCUGAACGCUGCAGAGUAUCAGCAACAGGUGGAGGAGCGCGAAGCUCAGCGCAAGAAGGAGAGGGAGGAGCGCUUAGCUCGAGAGGCCUUGAUGACUCUGGAGGCCAUGGAGCGGGAGGAGAAGGAGGCUGCUGCUAAAGCUGCAGAGACUCCAGCUGCUGACAGCGACAACAGUGUGAACACCCAAGGGCAAGAAGUCCAAAUACAGACCGGAACAGAGGAUGCAGAGAAAAAGAAGCAGAAAAAGCAAAAGAGGACGUCUAAUGCUUUGUCUGGAUUUGAAGAAGUCUUUGAGCAGUUUGCCAAAUCCAGCAUUAAGAAUUCAAACAAUGAUUUCCCAGGAGACACUAAAAUGGAAGUGACCCAGACGAGCUUCUCCAAAAUGAAAAUGCCAACAGAGGUGAAGAAGAGUCGGCGCCACCCGCUGAGCAAGCCUCCCACUCGCACACCGCCAUCCGUCGUGAAGCAGGAACCGGCCAGUGAUAAAGAGAUUUCUUCACCAAUUCCACUCGAUAGUGACAUGAAGAAGCAGGAGCACCUAUGGCAGAAUCACUCGCCCAACUUCUUGGCAGAGAAGGCCUUCAAUGCUGCCGUGGCUGCACUCCAACCUCACUGUGCUGUCUGCUCCCUCUUCUGUCCUUACGCAAGGCCGCAGACAGACCCCUCUGUUGCGAACGAGACCGCAAACGCCCCCUUCCCCCGUCACGGCAGCUGGACCCGGCCUUUGGUGCCAGAGAUGUGCUUCAGUGUCGGAGCGGGAAACACGGAGCCGCCCCCCACUAACCAUCACAUCAGGGAGGAUGGCACCAGUCUCCUGAUCCGCUGUCCCUCCUGUGAAAUGCAGGUUCAUGCCAGUUGUUAUGGUGUGAAGCCAGACUCUGUCAGAGGUUCAUGGAGGUGCUCCAGAUGUACAGCAGGAGCCUGGACAGUGGAAUGCUGUCUGUGUAACCUGCGAGGCGGAGCUUUGAAGACUACCAUUGACGGCAGGUGGGUCCAUGUUAUCUGCGCCAUCGCCGUGGCAGAAGCUCGCUUCCUCAAUGCCAUCGACAGAGAGCCCGUGGACGUCAGCGCUGUUCCUGAAACCCGCAAAAACCUGAGAUGUGUUUUCUGCCACAGCAAGAGUUCGAAUCAGAACCGCGGCGCCUGCAUCCAGUGCACGUACGAGAACUGCGCCACCUCUUUCCACGUCACCUGUGCUCAGAUCGCUGGAGUGUUGAUGAAGCCCGCCGACUGGCCCUAUGUGGUCUCAGUCAUCUGCCAGAAGCACAAAAAGGCUCCUCCUAAGGCUCCUCCUAAGCCCCGACCAGCAGCCAAAGCCUCUCAGGGUCCCGUUCUGGGCCAAACUGUGAUUGGCCGAAAUAGGGACGGCUGGUAUUACCACUGCACCAUCAUCGGCACGGCAACACAGACCUUCUACGAGGUCAACUUUGAUGACGGCUCCUACUGUGACAACGUGUUCCCUGAAAACGUAGUGAGUCACGACUGCCUCCACAAUGGCCCUCCUGAAGCUGGGGAGCUCAUUACUGUUGCUACACCCGAGGGUCAGGUCCUCAGAGCUUCCUUCAUCAAGCAGCACACUCACAAACUCUACCAGGUUGAGUUUGUCAACCAAACCCAGCUGAUGCUCAAACACUCUGAGGUGUUUCAGCUGGACCACGAAUUACCCAAAAGAGUCAAAGCUCGGCUGAGUAUACAUGCGAUGAAGGAGGAGGCUUCCUCUGCAGACGAAGCACAGGCAGCUAAACGCCCCUGCCUGCCCUCCAGUUCAGCUCAUGCUAAAACAAUGAUGGCGGCGCCCGCUCCGUCAGCUUCUCUCGCCGCAGGACAAGAACCUCCCAGUGUUAGCGCCCUGCCAGCAUCACAGCUGUUCUCCCAGCCCACAGCAGCCCCACAGGAAAGCCCCGCCCCCACCAAUGGCAAUCAGAUGGACGCCGAAACCCCGAUGGAUACCAGCAGCCCCCUAGCCGCCGCUCUCUCCGAGUCGCUCCUGGGCUCCGACCCCACCCUGACACCUCAGUCCGCCCCCUUUCAGGCCACCUUGAACUCUGACCCCCUUCUCUCCGCCCAGUCCCCUCCGCGCCCUCCCCACCACAUGUCCGACGGCUACACGCCCAGCAGCGGCUACGUUUCCUACAUGGAGACACUCCUCCAUUCACAUUUUCCUCAGGACGAUGGCAGCAGCUCCCUGUAUUAAAAACCAACGCCGCUGUGUUAUUACUCGGCCGGCGAUGGCCGAGCCAACAGGCAGUAAGCUAAUGCAAGAGGACUCUGAGUGCUGUAUUAAAUGAACAGAGCAAUCGCAAGCACUCUUUUAAUGCAUGUUACUUUUCUAUGUUUGCGUUAAUGUAUUGAUUCUUUAGCUCGCACUGAAAUAAGCAGCUGAAGAAUUUUUUUUUUUUAAUGUUAACAUUAUUAUUAUUUUCUAGGUUGUAUUGGUUUUUGUUUUCCAUCAGCUGCUGUGCUUUUACUUUCUUUCUCCUUAAUAUCAACGUGUCUCCAGGUGACAUCAACCUCAUACCUCGUUACAUGUAUUCACUAAUACAACAUUUCCAUCCUCUUUCUAUAGGAAGCUAAAUAGGAUCAGCGUCUCUGCUUUUCUUUUUUUCAGAGAAGUAACCAGCAACAAGAUCUAUAUUUUCAGCCAAUUUUAGAUUUUAACUUCUUUUUGGGAUUGAAGUGUCACAGAUUUCAUCAACAGGAUGUUUUCAGUGUCUUGUUUUGUCGGACUGCAAAAGGAAAUAUGGGGAAAAAUGUGGUGUAAAAAUAUGAAAACCAAAAAAAAAAUAAAGACUUGUAGAGGAAUGGCAGUAUUUCAGCAUUGUACUUAUAUACUGACAUACAUAAGUGUAAUAAAGGAAACCCUUUGAUUGUCUGCA